AUGUCAGACACUGUUCGCUCAAGGAUCACUUUAGGCUCGCUUUUGAAUCGGCACGCCACGGUUACAAGAUUGGCGAAAGACCUCAUUGCCAUUCCAGCACAACUUCUGAUGCAAAUGCUGCAGGUCGUCUCCAUUCCCAUCACUGUGACAAGCAUGAUAAUCGGUGUUAAUGGUUUUCGGUUGAACUCCAUUCCAAAAAUAGCUGCACGUGGAGUCGUCUACUUUGCCGUGACAACCCUUCUGGCUGUGGCUACAGGGAUGACGCUGGUGCUGCUGAUCAAGCCGGGGCUGGAUGGAAACAGUGGGACAAGUGAGGACGACACUGUGUUGGCCUCCUACACCGCCCAAGCCUUGAUCGAUGUGAUACGCUGGCGUCUUCAUCAAAAACUGGGGGACGGGGGGGAGGGGAAGCUCCUCCUACGUGUGGCUGUCGCCGUCAACAGCGUUAUGGGGGAGGCGUUGACCUGGAUCCAAUGCUACUUGCCAGUGGGGAUCCUGUUCAUGAUCACAGGAAACCUCGUGGAGGUUUACGACUGGGAGACAGUCUCCAAACUGGGAGGCUUCAUAGCUGUGGUCAUCACUGGGCUCGCAAUCCAUGGAGGGAUUGUUCUACCGGGCCUCUAUUUCCUCAUGACAAGACGAAGCCCCUGGCCCGUCAUUAAGGGGGCUUUUCAUGCGCUGCUGACUUCCCUGUGCAUCUCAUCAAGCUCCGGCACGAUGCCCAUCACGAUGCAAUGCUGCAGAACCAGAAUGAACAUUGAUGACAGGAUCACCCGCUUCAUGAUGCCCAUUGGCACCAGCGGCAACAUGGAUGGAACGGCCCUGUAUGAGACUGUGGCAGCAGUGUUCAUCGCCAACCUCAAUGGCACCUACCUGGACUUCGCCCAGCUGUUAACCAUCGUAGUGAUGGCAGGAAUUUGCAGCCUCACAGCAGAAGCGCUCCCAGCGACCGGAGCUGUAUCGACUCUGUUCGUGCUGAAUUCAGUCGGCCUGCCUGUGAAGCAAGCGUCCAUCCUGCUGGCUGUUGAGUGGCUGCUGUGA